AUGGCUUCGGUGGCUGUUGGAGCAGGUGAAUUGCAGCCUGCAGCUGCUGCAACGGUGAGGCAGGAAAUGCAGAACUGGGUCUCAUUUCCAAAUUUUUUAUUGCCUGAUCAUUGGGUCUGUUUGCAGUCCAAUGAGCGACAGCUGCAUAAGUUGGAGACUGUGGUGAAUCAUUUGAUUCGCAUGGGACUGCGACACCCGUCUGAGAGGACGCAGGCAACUUUGGCUGCUAUAGUCAGCCACGUGGGGCCGAACGCAAUGGAUCCCUUUGCUGCGCCGGAUGUCCCAAGGCAGACGGCUUUGCUAAGCACAGUCAAAGCGGUUUGCAAGACUCAAUUGUUGCGCUUGCGCAAUGUUGGCUUGCCUAUGCCGGGAGGAUAUAUUAUCGAGCUACCCGCAUCGGUGCAGGAUUUGCCGUUGGCUUUGCGGAAUGAGAUGUUUCCGGGUGGUGGUGUGCCGCCGCCAAUGGAUGUGAAUCCGAUUUGGCAGGUGGCUCAGGCGUGGGCUGUGCGCAGCACGCAUCGGCCUCGGACGAUGGGGCAGUCGAACCUAAUGGGAGCUGCAAGCGCUUCUGAUGCUGCUAGCAUUGCUGCGCAAGCUGCGCUUUCGACAGUUUUGGCUUUGGCUCCGCAUGUGGCUGGGGCACGUGGCUCUUCUUCGGAUGCAGUGCCUGGAUUGCAGAUUUUUGGCGGAGUAAACCGCGCGACUUCUGCUGCGGCAAGUGGCAGUCGAACAGAGUUUGGAGCAUUGCUAGAUCGAGCAUCAGCAGGAAAUGCUGACUCAGCAACUCCAACUGUGACUCCUGCUUUGGCUUUGGAAGAUAGACCACAUGCAGCUGUAGAACCAGUGGUCCCUGGCAUCGCGCAGCCCACUGUGGCUCAGCCGCCUCCUACUGCAGUACAGUCGACAGAGGCUUUGGAGACUGAAGCAGCUGAUGCUGAGCCGGAUCUGGAGAUGAACCUUGCUGCGCUGGCUGAUGCGCACUAUAAUUGCCCGUUGCCGUCAGUGGUUGGCUCCCCUGCAAAGACUGGGGAAAAGAUGCGCAAACCGGCUGCAGCUGCAACAAAGAUGCGCAGGCCAGCGGCCGCACCGCGGUCGGCUCCCGCUCAGAAGCUGAAGCGGCCAGCUGCCGCUGUGAAGGAGGCGGCGUGUGGCAGGACUGUUGCUGUCAAGAGGCGACCAGCAACAGGCGCUUCGACCACCAAGUCGGUGACCAGGUCGCAAGCCAAGCGUCUUCGACCAGAGGGCUGCAGCAAGUGUCGGUAUCAGUGCGGCUGUACGCCAAGUUGUUGGCGCAAGGAGCAGCAAGUGUUGGCAGAUCGUGUGGCUGCUACUCUUGAGCAUAUGCGGCAUGCGUGUGCAAAUACGCUGUCGGCAGCCCGCAAGCGUACUCAUGUGGAUCUCUUGGAAGCAGCAGCGCUGGAUGUGCUAGAUGCGACGCAGACUCCGGAAGGCAUCCGCACCAUCCGUGAGGUCGUUAUGAAAGCGGAGGAUGCAGUGAGUGCAAUUUGCAAGCUGGCCUACGGGCAGCUGACCUGUUGCGCUCGCCGAUAUGGGCAGUGCGUGAAGCUAGCCUACGGGCAGCUGAGCUGUUGCUCUGGCCUGCGGGCAGUGCAUGAAGCUUGCCCACGGGCAGCUGAUAGGCCACGAGGCCGUGACGCAGAGGAUAGCCGGCCUGAAGGCCCGGAGCUGUCGGCGCCGGAGCCCAAAUCUGUUGAGAGUGAAGGCGGCAAGCCAGCAGAAAGCGACGCUGCAGCAAGACCGGCGCCUUCUGAGGGAGAUGGGAGGUCCAGGACCAGGACCCGUGGUGGCUACAAGGCGAACAGGCGGGCAGAAGGCCGUCAGCCUUGUCAGUAUUGUGGCCGUCCCGUGGCUGACACCUUGUCCGGACGUGCUCAGCAUGAGGCUUCAGAGUACUGCCUGACGCGGAAGUAUUACUAUAUAGAACGCAUGGGUUGGGCGCAGGCAGAAGAGAGGGCACAGAAGGAAGUGGAUGCGGCGUGGUGGCAGAAUCAGAAGAUGCCGGAUAAGAAUCGAGCACCUCCGGAGCCGCCUCUGCCGCCGAGGAUGGAUAGAUCACGCGAGGAGGCGCGCCGCGACGUCAUGGAGGAGUUGGAUAUUCCGGUGUGGGAGAGGGAGAUGUUCCGGAGCCGCUGGAAGCGUGAAGAAAAAGGAGAGGAGCCGUUGGAACUGAAGCCGGCCUCCAUGCAGAGCAGGAAUCGCGCAGAGCCACGCGAAGAAUCGCGGCAGGGUGCUCCGCGUCCGCGCAGCAAGCCAAUUGCGCGCAAGGCGCGGGCACGGAGCAAGCGUGAGUCGCGCAAGUCGCGUUCACGCAGCAAGCGUGAGUCGCGUGAGUCGCGCAAGUCGCGUUCACGCACCAAGCGUGCGUCGCGUGAGUCGCAUGAGUCGCGCAAGUCGCGUUCACGCGGCAAGCGUGAGUCGCGCAAGUCGCGUUCACACGGCAAGCGUCAGACGCGCAUGUCGCGCUCACCCGGCAAGCGUGAUACGCGCAAGUCGCGUUCUCACGGAAAGCGUGACACGCGUAAGCCGCGUUCACGCAGCAAAGACCCUGAGAGGUCUGACAAAAAGAAAAAAAGAAGGGACCGCAUCGACCGAGAAAGAAAUCCGAAAAAAGGCGCCACCGCAGCCCCGGCAACAGCAGUGCCGAAGCGUGCGGUCAAGUCUGCAGCCAAGAAGCCGGCGUCCGUUCCAGCCGCGCCGGCCGCGGCUGCCAGCGCAAGCAGUGUCAUACAUCAGUGCAAGGACAUGGCUGCCAUUGUUGAGACGCCGGAGGCUACGCAGCCUGAAGCUGUGGAAGUUCCGGCUGAAACUACAAACGACGAGCCUGCGCAGGCUGAGGCAGAGACGAAAGUUGCCACAGCCCCUUGCGCUAAGUGCAGGGUGUCCUGCACGGUGACCGAGAUGGUCUUCCGCCCCCAGUAUAAAGAUGGACUGCAGUAUACGUGCAAAGGUUGCAAUGCUGUAAGUGCACAGCUGCAACGCAAUGGCCUCUUCGUCGGCCAGCUGUUGAAGACGGAAGCUGACAUGAUUCAGUUCUACUCGGAUGCGGCGCUGGAACGCAAAAAUUGUGAGCAAGGCCGCCUCACUUUUGCGAGGACUAGAGCGCUCCUGAAGAAGCAGAUGGUGCAUGAGAUCCAGCGGCGAGAAGUGGACAGGCAGGAUGCCGAAUGGCAACCGCUAUCGGUAUAUGAGUUGCGCGGAUAUGACAUUGAGGCGAUCCGCGCCCGUGCGCCCAUGGAGGAUCACCCCAUUCUGGGGGAAACCUUCAAAUUAGAAAUCCACAAGGAGUCGCUGGAAAACAUCACCCUGCAGGUCGAGCGGCAGCUAGCAGAAAUGGAGCAUGCUGCUCUCGAGCGCAAGAAGAGCGCCGCUGCAGCUGCAAGCACGGUGGCAGUCCCAGAGCUGGACUUGGAAGCCAUUGCUGACGCUCCUGCAGAGCGCAAGAGAAAAGGACCGCUGACCGCCGAUGAAAAGGAAGCGAACAAGAUGGCGCGCCUCGCUGCCAAAAAGAAAGAGGAUGAACGCAAGGUUGCGACAGCGUCCGCGGCCAAGGUGCUGCCGCAGCUGAAGAAGGCGCAAUGCAACUUGAAGGACAAGAUCGGUCGCAUGGGGGAAGAUAUGCAGCAGCUUCCUGCUGCCAGCUUGGAGCAAGUCCAAACGGCGGAGGCCAAUUUGGAUGAUGUGGUUACCAAGGCAUCGCAGCUUCUCGAUGCUGCGGCCAAAGGGAAGCCGUUUGAUACGGCGGACCUGAGUUGGAAGAAGGAGAAGGAACUGAAUCAGUUCGCGAAGGACGCCAACCAAGCCAUCCGAACGAUUCAGGAGUACAAGCGCGGCAGCGCAAGCAGCGUGGUGCUAGUGUCUGUGGCUGCGGAGGCGGCUUAUGCAAGCCUGAGUAAGAACGCAAGCCCCAAAGAUCUCCAUGACAUGGGUCACGGCUCAGUUGAGUUGCUCCGGGAAGUCUUGACGCAAGUCGAGAUUGGUGAGAAGCAUCCGGAGUUGAAGCAGACAGCAGAGGCCAUGGGGCUGCUGCUGCUCCUUCUAAAGGGCUUGUUGCUCGGAUGGGAUUGCGAAGACUUUCCAAAGGCAAUUUUAGAAUUGCCAUUGCAACGGCUGCCAAAAACAUGGCCCAACCACGCGUGGAAAUUGAAGCACUCAUGUCCGCAAGUAUUGGCAGAUGAGGUGAAAGCAAGUCUUCGGUUCCUGGACAACCAGCCGACUCUGUCAGGUGUUUUUUGUUUGGCCCUUCAGCAAAACAUGCUGCCCACGUCCCAGCCAGCGGCGAAGCGCCGGCGCCUGGAGAGCGCCAUGGCGCGCUACAGUGAGAACAGCAUUGCCCAGAUAAAAAACAUAGCAGACGGCAAAGACAUAAAAGACCAAAGAAGCGGAUGGCAGAAGCGCGCCUUCGCUAUCGCGCUGGCACCUGCGAGGCAUUGCUUCCAUGCGCUCGAAGCGCCAAACAAGGACUGUUUGGAGCAACCUGUGCGCUUUGCAGUGGCACGGAUGGAUCCGCUUCUCAAGUACGUUGCCGGCAAGUGCCCAGACUUUCGGGCAGACUUGGAGCAGGCGCCUUCGCCUAUCCAAGUCGUCCUCAGCUGGGAUGAAACCACCGCAGGCAAUGUGCUGGCGACCCAGGCCCGCAUGAAAGCAACGAUCUUCUAUAUCACCUUCAAACAUUGGCAGAAAAUACAUGAGUCACCCGAUGCGUGGAUCCCAGUGGCAGCUAUCAGCCACGAGCAGGCUGAGCAAGUCGCUGGCGGAAUGAGCAAGGUGCACCAGUUGUUUGUGGAAAACUUUGUGGAACAACGAUUAGAUCAAGGUGUAUGGAUUUCACCCACCACCAAAAUAUCUCUGGAACUUGCUCUCUUUGUGGCAGACCAAGAUGCGCAAAGGGCCGCGCUGGCAGCAAAAGGUUCUGCUGGUUUGAAAUGUUGCGCCUUUUGUCAAAAUUGCUUGGCUAAAAAUGCCGCCGGCGCAGCUGUGGACGCCCAACGUUUUCGCACCACAGCCUAUGCAGAUAUAGAGUGGUUCACUCCCAACACGCAAAUGCAACUCCAGGGAUACAUCAGGAAGGCCUUAGAUCGCUGGUCCGACAUGACAUGUAAGGACAAAGACCUGGUAGAGAAAUGCCUGGGUUUUCGGAUCACGUGCGACAGUAUGUGGGUCUCAGAUGUUUGCUGCUCUGCGCUGCCGUUGCAACGGUACAUGAAUGACGCAAUGCAUUGCUACUAUGCCAAUGGUGUGGCAGCUAUAGAAAUUAAUUUGUUACUGCAAGCAGUGCAACGCUGCACUGGGGUUUCCAGCUUAGACUUGAAGCAGGCAGUGCUCCAAGCAGGCUGGAAACGAAGUGGUCAAUCGUUGCGUGAAGGACAGAACAAAUGGUGGUGUGGCCGUCUCUUUGUUCCGGCUUUUUUUGUGGGUUCCACUUACAAGGGAACGGCGAAGCAAACCAUGGCUUUGCUGCCUCUGCUCCUAUGGUUGGCAGAAAGCGUCUGGAGCAAAAUUGCUGCUCUGCGGCCUAUGGUGGACUCUUUCAUCAAGCUUGGCAAAUGCGUCCAGUGUCUCCGCAGCAUUGCGGAAAGCCGCAAUUGGAAGGAGUUGCAAAAGCUGCAAGAGGCGCAUCAGCAAGCGUUCGCGCGCUGCUGGCCCGAAGAAGUUAGACCGAAGCACCACCACCGCUUGCAUCUGCCCCGGCAAUACGCGGCGGAAAAGUUUGUCGGCUCAUGUUGGGGAACGGAGUCGAAGCAUCGCUUCUACAAAAGCUGCUAUGCAAAAAACUUGCAGCAAUUCCUCACUGCAAAAGGUGGCGGCUCGGAAUUUAGCGACAGAUUAAUGCCACGGCUGCUUCUCAGACACACAGAACUCAUUCGGGCAAAAGUCUUCGCGCCAACGCGCUUUGUCCUUGAGAACUUGUUCGACCCUGUAGACGUCGAUCAAUUCGCAGCCGGAUUGGAAGCCUGUCGCGUUGCAGCUCGCUGCCGCACGGGUUUGCUGCAGCUGCAAGAAGGCGAUCUCUUGCUGCAUGGCACAGACGCCACGGAAGCCGGGUAUUGUCACUGCUUCAUCGACCACAAAGGUGAGUUGUAUGUUUAUGCAACUCUCUGUUCGCUCGUGCUGCACACUGCGGCACUGAGAAAAUUCGAGCGCACCACAACCAAGCAGAUGCUGAAGUGGAACAAUUUGCUCACGCCUGCCGUGUGCAGCUGGUGGCGCCCAAGCCAUCCAAAUUACGUUUUCUGCAUGCCUUGA